AUGAUCAAAUUACACUGGUUCACCGUUCACGGGGUCUACCUCCUUACCCAGCUUGCUCUCUUGAUCGCCGGCUUCGCAGCCUUUGUAUCAAUGCCAUUGAAGUUCGAUCACCCGAUGCCGCCAGGAGUGCCUUGGGGAUCUGUAGUUUUGAGCAGCUUCUCACUCUUCGUCAACGGCAUCAUUUUCACCGCAAUCUUUUCGUCUCAACGACCGAACCCCCUGAUGACCGACGAGAGUCGUAUGAAUGUCCGCCGUGUCAUACUCCUCGUCAGCGCCUUAUUUGCAGCGGGGUUCGCUGCCGCGGAUGGGGCUUUUGCUGUCUCGUUUCGCAAAUAUGGAACAACUGGUCCCGAACAGGCUGCCAGCGGUGUAGCUGGGGUGGCUUCAUUUGUUGCGCUCGCUGCUUUGGUGGUGGAUAUUUGGAAGAUUUGCGUAGAUGCCUCGGAAGCUCGGUCUGCUGAGUUGUUCGAUCGGGAACAGCUUGAUGAUGUAGAGCCGUAUACGGAUGGUUGA